AUGCGCAACUAUCAAGCUGUUCUCCCCUGGGCGGUGCUUCUCUCCUGUCUGGGGAAGGCCCAGGCGGGAUUGGACUUGAACUCAUCUUCGAACAUGGCUGUCUACUGGGGCCAAAACUCGGGAGGUAAAGGACAACAACCUCUAGCCUACUAUUGCAAAAGUGAGUUGGAUAUUAUCCAGUGGAUACGCAGACAAGCUGACGAAGAGCUUUUAGACGAUGCGAUCAAUGUCAUCCCCCUGGCCUUUGAUAUGAUGAUCGAUGGGCCAGGAGGCGCUCCAGAAGUCGAUUUUUCGGUUACAAGUAAGGAGUGCGACGUAUUUCCCGGCACUCAGCUGAAGAACUGCCCACAAAUUGCAAAAGAUAUUAAAACCUGCCAGGACCAGGGAAAGACAAUUCUCCUAUCCAUCGGCGGUGCCACAUACAGUGAGGGCGGCUUCUCAUCAGAAGAUGAGGCGAAGGCUGGGGCACAGCUAAUGUGGGAGACGUUCGGGCCCAAGCAGGACGGAUCAGACGCAAAACGGCCCUUCGGAGAUGUCGCUCUGGAUGGGUUCGACUUCGACUUCGAGGCCAAUGUUCAGAACAUGGCUCCGUUUGCGAAUGAACUCCGCUCCUUAAUGGAUGCUGAGAAGGAUAAGAAGUACUUCUUGACUGCUGCACCGCAGUGUCCUUACCCAGAUCAGUCCGACAAGGAGAUCCUCAACGGCCCUGUUUCAAUUGAUGCCGUGUGGGUACAGUUCUACAACAACUUCUGCGGCGUCAACGCCUUCAGCAAGAACACCGAUGACUCCAAGUUCAACUUUGACCAGUGGGACAACUGGGCCAAGAAGGUAUCCAAGAACAAGGACGUCAAGGUCCUCCUCGGAGUGCCAGCCGACACGACCGCCGCCAGUUCCGGCUAUAUCCCCGCGUCCAAGUUGAAGGAUGUGAUCGAGUACGCUAAGACCUUCGAUAGCUUCGGAGGAGUUAUGAUGUGGGAUAUGACACAGGCAUAUGCGAAUAAUGGCUUUAUUGAUGAUGUGCGGGAAGCAUUGGGAUCAGGGCUCUCCAGUUCGUCGUCGUCCACUUCGGCGUCGGACUCGGCGUCUUCCUCUUCGUCCACUAACUCACCGCAUCCCUCACCAUCCUCCAAACCACCCGCGUCCUCGUCCUCUUCUUCCUCCUCAUCUGGAUCUGGGGACUCCUCCACUGGCGCUGAAACGACGACAACUACGACCUCUACCACUUCCACGAGCUCCGACGAGCCGAGCGCAACCCCCAGCGAUAACGGCGAAGAUCUCCCGGAUAGCACAGCCACACCCACGCCGUCGAGUUCCAGCGAGUCGUCAUCCUCGACCUCGUCCUCUACCCCGAGUCCAGCGCCCACGAGCCUGUCAACGUCGACCACUUCGACAAGCCAGGAGCCUCCCAAGCCUGCUACAACUACCACCAAGCCUCCCAAGCCGCCUACGACUACGACUACGACUACUCCCAAGCCACCUAAGACUACCAAUCCUCCCGGCUCGAAUGACGACAAGAAUAAUGAUGACAAGUCCAAGGAUGAUAUGGGCCUUGACCUUAUCCCUGAACUCCUCACCAACAAUCUGUUCAGUCUUCUCAGUACUCUCCGCCAAGCCAAUGGUCGAACAGAAGGACGUCACGCGGGAGGACAUCACCACGGAGGUCACCACCACCGUCGACAGUUCCGUGCUUAA